ACUCAUCCUAAUCUGUUAUUUGUUUCUUAUUUUAGUUAAUAAAAAACUUCUAUAUAAAAGAAACUAUGUCACUCAAUGAAAGGAAUGCAGCUCAUAAAAUAGAAAAUUGCUGGUGCUGUUACCGUGACCGUCAAAUGUUCAAACUGCUGAAAUAUGCAAUAUGCACUGCUGAUCACACACUCACGUAUGACAUUAUGAGGAAAAUCAAUCCUGCAGAAGCGCAACUUUUUAAUGAUCCUGUAUUUCAGGCUAAAAUUAGAUUUAGGUUUGCAGGUGAGGAAUUUCCACCGUUCAUUGUAUUUAAGGUUUUCAUUAAGACGGAUGGAAAAGGUAUUAAGUAUCUCAGUGGAAAGAAAGCUAUACGUCCUGCAUCAGAGGCAGCUGUCGAUUCUUUAAGUUUGAUGGGAAAUCGCAAAUUUUUUGAUCAAAUGAUUUCAGAUUUAUGUGAAGAGAAUCAGACCAAAAUUAAUAACGUAGGGGAUGUGUCUAAUCUGAAAGAUUAUAUGAAGUAUUUGUCAACGUUAGAUGAACGUUCAGCGAGUGCGGGAGGAAAAGCAAACUCUUGGAGAACAUUAUUACUUGAAACUGUUCCUCGCCAACACAUUCUACAUGACGUACUCGCGUAUCUUAAUCAAGGAGAAAAAACAGAAAGAUUUUAUCAACAGCUGCAAUCUCGGAAAUUCUUCCCACCUAGCCAACAACAACAGGUUGAGUACAUCAAAACGCUGGCCAACAAGAAAUUUAGUAAUAAAGAUAGCGAACCAACUCGCCGUUCGAAACAAGCUGUCCAAAGAGUUGAAAAAAUGAGAAGAUUGUAUCAGUCACCUGAAAGAGAUGAUUCAAACGAGAUAGAAAGUGGACUUGAUGGUAAUGACAACUACAUAAAUGAAGACAAGCGAUUGGCUGGCACUGACGUUAUUUUAAAGCAGUCAAACAUGACGUCACAAAAAAGAAUCGUGGAUGUUGAUUUCAACGAUGAUUCUUGGGAUGAAGAAGGCAAAAUGCUAUUUGAAUGGACUCAAAAUCUUUGAGAAGUCAAAGGCGCUAUACGGUUUUUAAACUGAUUCUCGAUAAGUCUUUAAAGUGUGUGUGAAGAAGGGCAAAAACCCUUGUGAUGAUAGAGAUAAAUGAGAAAUUUGUUUACAAAAUUUCUUGUUCCCCGCCAUUAACAACAACAGAACAAAUUUACUGUACCAAAAAAGAUUUCAGUUUGGUGAUUCUUAUCAACUGAGAAAAGAUGUGUUAGUCGGAACUACAUAUUUCUGAUUAUAAUAUUAAUGUAUAUACGUGGUUAUGUAAAUUUAUUAAGUAGAUAUAUUUAUAAUGUAUAUAAAUAUAUAUUUUCUAAUAUGUUA